AUGUUCAACUAUUCAGUGGAAGUGAACUUCCUUCUCAUGCAAUUCUCUGACAGUAAGCAGCUCCAGAUCGUCCAUGGUUUUCUGUUCCUGCUUAUCUACUUGGAGGCUCUCAUGGGGAAUCUCCUCAUCUUCAUCCUUGUCACAGUGCACCCGUGUCUUCACACCCCCAUGUACUUCUUCCUGAAGAACCUGGCCUUCUUGGAUGCGGGCCUCAUUUCAGUCACAGUCCCUAACCUUAUUCUGAACUCUUUGACCCACAGGAGCCUCAUCUCUUUCCCAGGGUGUGUGUGUCAGGUCUGGUUGGUAAUUCACUUUGUUGGGUCUGAGCUUUUCCUACUGACCGCUAUGUCUUAUGACCGCUACGUGGCCAUCUGUCACCCACUACGCUAUGAUGUCAUCAUGAAUAAGGGGAUUUGUGUGCAGAUGGUAGCCACUUCUUGGAUAUUUGGGAGUAUCUUUGGAGCGCUGUACUCAGCUGGGACCUUUUCUUUAUCUUUCUGUGGCUCCAGAAAAGUCCCACAGUUUUUCUGUGAUGUCCCCUCUUUACUGAAGAUUUCUUGCUCUAAGAAGCAUGUUACAAUUGACGUUAGUGUGACCAUUGGGGUUAUAUGGGGGCUUUUCUGCUUGGUGUGCAUUGGGAUUUCAUAUGCUUACAUCUUCAGUACAGUGCUGAGAAAGCCAUCAUUACCAGGUCGGUCCAAAGCCUUCUCCACCUGUGUGCCUCAUCUCAUAGUUGUCACCACAUUUUUGGUGACAGGUGCCACCGCCUAUUUGAAGCCAGUCCCUGAUUCUCCACAUCUUAUAGAUUUUUUAGUGUCUGUUUUCUACUCUGUGAUGCCUCCAUCUUUCAACCCUAUAAUAUACAGUCUGAGAAACAAAGAAAUCAAAGCUUCUCUGUGGAAGCUUCUGUGGAAACUACAUCACUAUAAGUGUUAUGAGUGA